GCUGGUCCCAAUUGUGGUCGCUAAGCGAGGACUGCCUAUAAAUCAGAAAUGUUCUGUGUUGUAUAAUGCACAGUUUAAGUCAAGACACCAGAGUACCAAUGAGCUGGUGCAACAGCAAAUGUUGCAAAGGCAGGGAGAGGGGAGGUGCCGCACUGUUGUUUGUAUGGAGAAGCAAGCCUGCACUGUUAACUCUCAGUACCUUUGAGGGGUGCUAUGAAGUUUGCUGCUUAUUGAAUUGCUCCUUCCAAGUCCCUGCGAUCCUUGUCCCGAAGGGCAUUAACCCGCUUGUACUCUCUGUUGCAGCUCACCGGGGUAAAUGACAAAAUGGCUGAGUACACCAACAGCGCCGGCGUCCCUUCCCUCAAUGCAGCUCUGAUGCAUACCUUGCAACGGCACCGAGACAUCUUGCAGGAUUACACGCAUGAAUUCCACAAAACUAAAACCAACUUUGUGGCAGUGCGGGAAAGAGAGAAUCUCAUGGGAUCGGUCCGAAAAGAUAUUGAGUCGUACAAAAGCGGGUGUGGUGUCAACAACAGACGAACGGAACUCUUCUUGAAGGAGAACGAACAUCUCCGAAACUCCGACCGGCUGAUAGAGGAGACUAUAAGCAUUGCCAUGGCCACAAAAGAAAAUAUGACUUCGCAGCGAGGGAUGAUGAAGUCCAUACAGAGUAAGAUGAACACCUUGGCCAACCGCUUUCCAGCCGUGAACAGCCUGAUCCAGAGGAUCAACCUGCGCAAGCGCCGGGACACGCUCAUCCUGGGGGGCGUCAUCAGCAUCUGCACGAUCCUCCUGCUCCUCUAUGCUUUCCAUUGACGGAGGACGCUGCGUACAGAGACUUCUGGGACCAUGUUCCACCGCCUGAGAAGGGACAGGCAGACUGCUGCGGGACCCCCAUCUGGGGACGUGGAGGCCAAGGUGACCCAGGCCGGUGGGCUCUCCUUUUCCUCCCUCCAAGGCUGGCCACGAGUUCUGAAGGGGGCCGCCCUUCUUGUCCCUCAUCCAGUUCUCCCACUUUGGGGAUCUGUUCCCCCAUCUAAUGUGUUUUGCCCCUUUUGUACCAUUUUUCUCUCGGCCAAAGGUGAGUCCAACGCGGCAGCCGCUCCAAAACAUGUUCCAGUUCACCCGUAACAUUUAUUUUCCCAAGGAGAAUGUUCAUGCCUUUCUUCAAACCCGUCUCCCAAAGCAAGACCCUCCCUGAUACUUAAAUCGAACGCAGCUUGGCCAAUACUUUGCUACUUAAACUUCGGCCUGGCCCAGUCGGAGAUCCGAAAACGAUGGAGAGGAACUCUGACCAGAUUUACAGAAGAAGAACCUCAAGGGUUGGGUUGGUAAGUCUCCAAACCCCUUCUGGAGAAGAAGAAGACCAGGCCUUCUUGUCUCCUUCCCACGGCACUGAGAGUGACCAAACCAUACCAAUUCAGAGAAAGCUGGGAAAGUCUGUGGACAGGGAACGACCUCUGAUCUCUUGAUGUGGAGGACGUUCAUGAGCCAGACACUCCAUGUAGACAUUUUGACCAAGCAGGAGGCCAAUGUUGCGCAGGUCCCACAAGGGUGCGCGUUCCUCGUCGUGAUAGGGCACCGAAGGGCGAUGGGUGGGCAAGGGCUGGAGCAUCUUUGGCAUACAUACCUGUUAACGGUUUUAUCAGAUGUAUUCUUCAUCAAAACAGUUUUCCACCAAAUACCGGCCUGUCCUCAGCUUCUGUUUGUCCAACUUUGGUUUGGUUCCCAUCCUAACAGACACUGGACAUCCCCCACCCACCCGCGCUUUGAAACAAAAAUAAAAUUAAAAAAAAAGA